AUGAAAGGCGACGCAGCAUCCUGCCUCCCCAACCAAAGCUUGGCCCUUUUACAAUUCAAGCAAAGUCUAUCCCAAGGGUCGCUGCCAUUGUUAAGCACGUGGAAGAAUGAAUCAGAUUGUUGCAAGUGGGAGGGAAUCUCAUGCGACCAUACCACCGGCUUUGUCACCGGCGUCGAAAUCUGGAAUCUCCGAGUGCAAGUCAGUGAUCCAAACUCUUCCUUAUUUCAACUUUCUCACCUCCAAAAUCUUGAUCUCAGCGGCAAUUUGGUCAUUGGUGCGAUCUUAUCGAGAUUGUCGGAACUCACUGACCUCACCGAUAUUCGGCUUUCAGACUGCAACUUAAGCGGUCCCAUUCCUGAAUCCUUCAAACAACUUUCAAGCCUAACCUAUCUAGACCUUAGCCGAAACGGAUUGAGUGGAGAAAUUCCCCUAGGUAUAGUAAAACUCCCCAACCUGCAGACACUGCGCCUUGGUAACAACAAGUUAAAUGGUUCCUUUCCUGAAUUUGGUAAUGAGUUUUCUCCAUUAGUUGAUGUCGAUCUUUCAUAUAACAUGUUGGAUGGGGAGAUUCCUCCUUCCAUAAUUAGAAAGGUGCCUCACCUUGAAGUGUUAGCCAUUCAAUGGAAUGGAUUUAAUGGUACCAUCGACUUCUCCUUAUUCCAAAAUAUGGGGAAUCUUUCAAUUUUGGACCUUUCUUGGAACAAUUUGACAGUUGAGUUUCCCAAAACUGUUUAUGUCAACCAUUUGGUUCCAAUUUUUCCGCAUCUAGAAAUAUUAUACUUGAUGUCUUGCAACAUCAAAGGGAAGGUGCCAACAUGGGUGUGGAGACUACCAGAACUUCAGUAUUUGGAUCUGUCACAUAACAAGCUCGAUGGUUUUGAGGAAGCGGUCAAUAUUAAUGGCUCAAGGACCUUCGAUCUUCCAUCGAUAUUCAACACAAGCUUGUCGUUGUAUAUGUCGAACAAUAACAUCAAGGGAACGAUCCCGUCCUCACUCUUCUGCAAUUUGUCCACAUUAUGGCGUCUACACCUAUCCGAAAAUAACCUGACAGGUGCCAUACCAGAUUGUUUAACCAACUUGACCGGGUUAAAUGAGUUAGACCUCAGCAAGAACCAACUACAGGGUCAGAUUCCCAGAAAACUCAUUUGUGGUUCCCAGUUUUUAAUAUCCAUUGACUUGAGCGACAACCAAUUCACAGGUGAAAUGACAAGAUUGCUCUAUAAUUGUAGCAAUAAUUACUUGGUGGUACUUGACCUGUCAAACAACAGACUCACAGGUAGUUUGCCAGACAAUUGGCCCACAGCUUUUGAUGAACUUGUGGUGUUGGACUUGAGCAGCAACCAACUACAAGGCCCAAUUCCAGAAGAGUUUAGCAAUUCCUCCACACCAGCUUUACAAGUGUUCAACCUCAAUGACAAUAAAUUGGUUGGCAGGAUACCCAGGAAUCUUUCUACGUGCAGCGAAUUGACGGUUAUAAAUUUGAGCAACAAUGAGCUGAGUGAUGUUUUCCCCUUUUGGCUUGGGCAUUUGGACAAGUUGAGUGUGUUGGUGUUAAGUUCCAAUAAAUUGCAUGGCUCCAUUAGCUCUCUCUUCUCCAUGCAUCUAUUUUCUUCAUUGUUAAUCCUUGACAUUGCUGGGAACCAAUUGAAGGGACAUAUUCCCUCUGCCCUUUUUCAAAAUUUUAGUUCCAUGAAGAGGAAGCAAACAAAUGUUAGCUUUGAGGACCCAUCAGCUCUACCAUACACCACAAAUUGGGAAAGAUUGUUAUUAACCAUCAAAGGACAGAGCCAAAAAUGGAGGCUGAUUACCAUUUUGACAUGCAUUGAUUUGUCCAACAAUCUAUUCACUGGAACAAUUCCUGAAGAUAUAGGUGCACUAGACAUGCUCUAUUCGUUGAACUUGUCACGGAACAACCUGAACGGUCCCAUCCCGACGUCAUUCGGACAAUUGCAAAGCAUAGAGUCGCUGGACCUUUCUCAUAACAAGUUAUCAGGAAGUAUACCUAAGGAGCUUGCACACGAUACAUUUCUCUCUACCUUGGACUUGUCAUAUAACAAUCUUCAAGGGAGAAUCCCUCAAGACAACCAGUUUGACACAUUCAAUGCUACUUCAUUUGAAGGCAAUCCAGGACUUUGUGGACCACCACUGCCAAUCUCAUGCCCAAGUGCCAACAGUGAGCCUCAAGGCUCCAUUAAUCAUGUCAAUGAAAUGGCCCGAGAGCCACACUGGGAGUAUUUAGCAGCAGGGAUUGGCUACGCUGUGGGUUUCUUGACAACCAUACUGCCCAUCUUGUUUAUUCGAAAAGUGGGGACUUGGUUUUGUGUUCAUGUGGACAGGGCAUUUGAGACCUGCAUUAAUAUUCCUCCUUUAUCAUGGAGUUUCUGCAAAGCAUAA